CCCGCCCCUUAGUUGAAGGCGGUGACGGCUGCUUCUGCGGCACCGCUCCUCCUAGGAUGGCUACCCUGGUUGUAAACAAGCCUGGAGCGGGACUAGACAGUGGCCGUCAGGGCAGCCGGGGUACGGCCGUGGUGAAGGUGCUGGAGUGUGGAGUUUGUGAAGAUGUCUUUUCUUUGCAAGGAGACAAAGUUCCUCGCCUUCUGCUUUGUGGCCACACAGUCUGUCAUGACUGUCUUACCCGCCUGCCUCUUCAUGGAAGAGCAAUCCGUUGCCCUUUUGAUCGACAAGUAACAGAUCUAGGAGAUUCAGGUGUUUGGGGAUUGAAAAAAAAUUUUGCUUUAUUGGAGCUUUUGGAACGACUACAGAAUGGACAUAUUGGCCAAUAUGGAGUUGCAGAAGAAGCCAUUGGGAUAUCUGGAGAGAGUAUCAUUCGUUGUGAUGAAGAUGAAGCUCACGUUGCGUCUGUAUAUUGCACUGUGUGUGCAACUCACUUGUGCUCAGAGUGUUCUCAAGUUACUCAUUCUACAAAGACAUUAGCAAAGCACAGACGAGUGCCUCUGGCUGACAAACCUCAUGAGAAAACCAUGUGCUCUCAGCAUCAGGUACACGCCAUUGAGUUUGUUUGCUUGGAAGAAGGCUGUCAGACUAGUCCACUUAUGUGCUGUGUCUGCAAAGAGUAUGGAAAACACCAAGGUCACAAGCAUUCAGUAUUGGAACCAGAAGCUAACCAGAUCCGAGCAUCAAUUUUAGAUAUGGCUCACUGUAUACGGACCUUCACUGAGGAAAUCUCAGAUUAUUCCAGAAAAUUAGUUGGAAUCGUUCAGCACAUUGAAGGAGGAGAACAAAUAGUGGAAGAUGGAAUUGGAAUGGCCCACACAGAACAUGUACCGGGUACUGCAGAGAAUGCCCGGUCAUGUGUCCGAGCUUAUUUUUCUGAUCUUCAUGAAACUCUGUGUCGUCAAGAAGAAAUGGCUCUAAGUGUUGUUGAUGCUCAUGUUCGAGAAAAACUGAUUUGGCUCAGGCAACAACAAGAAGAUAUGACUAUUUUGUUGUCCCAAGUUUCAACAGCCUGUCUUCAUUGUGAAAAGACUUUGCAACAAGAUGAUUGUAGAGUUGUUUUGGCAAAACAGGAAAUUACAAGGUUACUGGAAACAUUGCAAAAACAGCAGCAGCAGUUUACAGAAGUUGCAGAUCACAUUCAAUUGGAUGCCAGCAUCCCUGUCACUUUUACAAAGGACAAUAGAGUUCACAUUGGACCAAAAAUGGAAAUUCGAGUUGUUACAUUAGGAUUAGAUGGUGCUGGAAAAACUACUAUUUUGUUUAAGUUAAAACAGGAUGAAUUCAUGCAGCCUAUUCCAACAAUUGGUUUUAAUGUGGAAACUGUAGAAUACAAAAAUCUGAAGUUCACUAUUUGGGAUGUAGGUGGAAAACACAAAUUAAGACCAUUGUGGAAACAUUAUUACCUCAAUACCCAAGCUGUUGUAUUUGUUGUUGACAGCAGUCAUAGAGACAGAGUUAGUGAAGCACACAAUGAACUUGCAAAGUUGUUAACAGAGAAAGAACUCCGAGAUGCUUUGCUCCUGAUUUUUGCUAACAAACAGGAUGUUGCUGGAGCUCUGUCAGUAGAAGAGAUCACUGAACAACUUAGUCUGCAUAAAUUGUGCUGUGGCCGUAGCUGGUAUAUUCAGGGCUGUGAUGCUCGAAGUGUUUUUCACAUUAUAUGUGAUCCCUAUGUUGGGAAAGAAGUAGUCACAGAGAAAGGGUAAGUGAAGGUUUAUUGUUUCAGUGAAAAAAGAAUAGCCAACUGAGUGCCUAAUGCAAACUUUGUGAAGCAAAUAAAACAUAGCUGCUUUAACUUGCCUUUUCACUGGAUUUUGGCAGUGUUUAAUAGCAAAACACCAGUGACUUAAUGAAAUAGAAUCCAAACUGCAUCUUUGGGUAAUAGGAUUACUUUACUUUUAUGUUCAAUAUAACAGAACACUUUUAAUGCUAAGAACUAUAAACUACAUAAAAUUAGUAUUUUAUAGUGUUUUAUUAAAACUUUCUCCUAAGCCCUUUUGUAUAAAACCCACUGAGUCAGAUGAAAUGCUAUCUAACUAGGUACGGCUGUCAGAUUAGUAUUAAACUGAAGAACAAUAAUAAAACUGAAAGUCAGUUAUGUUGUAGUUAAUCUUCACUUAUGAAAGACCCAUUUCCAGGGUUGAACCUGGUUAUAUUAUUUCCUAGGUCACAGCUCUAAAUUGGUCCUUCUGUUUUUCAACAUGUUUAAAGUAGUUAGUAGAGUUCCUUUUAAAAAUAAUAUUGCAUCCUUAGUGGGAAUGAUUAUAGGUAAAAUGUAGUUAAGUUACACAUAGAGCCAGGGUUGGCUUUAAGUAAAAGACAGAAGUAGAAAUGCAGAAAACUACAUUUAUCUUUAGACAAGGCAUUUAAGCAGUGGAGAAUCAGUUACGUUAAGUGCUUUCCCAAAAUAAAUGCAUUUAUCUUGACAAAAUGUUAUCAAGGCUCUUCAUAAGCUUUGAAAAGUUAUUUGAGAAAGAAUAUGUCUACGAAAAGAUAAGAAAUGUUCAGAAAGUUUACAUCACAUUUAUUAUGCAGUGUUGUAAAAGUUUUAAAAUUUUCUGCUUUUUACUGUUUUUCAUUUUUUUAAGGAUACUCACUUAUUAUGGCAGUAGGAUUUACAUUUAAACAUCGCUAGAUUGGAUUUUAUUUUAUUUUUUAUUAAAUGUUCUUCAUCCUUAUAGAUGAAGUUGAAUCCUGUCUUAUUAGUUCAACUGCUAGGAGAUGUGGGUCUUAGGUGGCACUGUUUUGGUUCCGUCUCUUCAAAUGUACUUUUGUUUGUUUAAAAUAAACAGCAUAACUUUUAGAAAACAAAGCGUUAGGAAAAAAAGUCCAUCAGUGUUAUGGGCACUGUGUAAAUAAGUAAAUAUUUCAUCCUUUAUUUUUCAAGUAAAAGUCAUGCUGUUACAAGUGUAAUUUGUGCAUAUAAGUAAUACUUAUGAAUUAAAUUAUUUAAUAUUUGAUUACAGUAACUGUGAAAAAUAAAAAAAAUGUGUUAACAUUUGCCUGUGAGCCCUUGAACUGUUUUCUCUACUAGGUAAUUGAAAAAAAAAAAAAAAAGUCUAACACUAACAUGUAAACAUGUUUUUCUUGUAAAUUAUUAAGUUUAUUUCACCAAUUUUGCUAAACUUUGUAAUUCACAUUCUUAGCAUAUUAUUAAAUGCAAUGUAAAAUAUGUGCUUAGACCUGAGUAUAAUGUACAUAAUAGUGUUUGUGUGUGAUUUUUUUUUUUAAGAAAUAUUUUUCUCAGGCCCUUAUGACUAUUUGUGGUUGUAUUCUUUCACUGAUCAUUAGUUAAGAUUCUGCUAGUUCCCUCUGGGAAAUAUCAAAUUUAAUAACGAGAGAGAUGUUUUAAGUACAGUCUAUUUGGAUUUGCCUCCUAGCUCUGAAUUUCUGUAUUAAGCCUAAAUAUUAUUGUAUGGUUUAUGUAAAGCAGGUUUUACAAGUGUGUAGCCCUGGUGUAUAAUUCCGGAAUGCUUUAUUAUCACCAGAAGCCAUUAUUUGCAUUACAUAUAGGCAGCAAUAAAAUGUUAAAAUCAUUUUAAA